GGUUUGGCGAAGCUUUGGGCCCUGCAUUGUAUACCCUCCUGCCCUUAUUCAAAACCUCACCUGUCGCAUCGCAUCCUCUCCUCUUCACCACCCACCCCAAUCACAAGAACAACAACAGCAACAGCCACUCCUGUCGCGUUCCACACCUCAAUCCUGAGCCCGCCACCACCACCACCACCUCCACCAGCACACACGUUGCUGGCUUUCGUGUGUUUGAGGUCUGAAGCAGCGCUGCCUCAGGUUGCAGCGUCGUCCGGGCGCCAAGCCAAGCCGCCAUUCCUCCUGUGUCAUCACACCUGCAACAAUGACAAGACUUGUGCCAGUGAUUGUUGCGCUUGUUGUGGCCGUGAUUGCGGCCGCAGCUGUCAACGACGUCCGCGCCGCUGAGACUACGGUGGGUCCAACAACCACGACGACAACAACCACCGUUACAACCCUCCCGCCCUGCGUGGCUGACCAGUACGAGAGCAACGACGACUUUGAGUCGGCGGCUGUCUUGCCGCCAAACACGCUCGAAGUCAACGCAACCGUGUGUUCCAACGAGUAUGACCUGUUUCAGGUGCCCACGUGCCGCAACGGCGACAUCAAGGUUGUAUACACAGCCAACGUCGCCUACGGCACCGUGACACUGGCCCUGUUCAACUCGCUCAAGGUGGCCAUCGACGGUGGCACCGUCACUGGCACCAGCGCCACCAUCUCUGGCAGCGCUGGCCCACACGAUGACUUCUUCAUCGGCGUCGCUGCAGAGGCAAGCAGUGGCGCCACAUACACGCUCUCCAUCGCCAUCACCUGCCCCACCGUUUCAACUACACAAGCUCCAGCAACCACGACAAGCACUGCGGAGAGCCUCUGUGCCACUCGCGGCUGCGGCAGCGUGGACCUCAACGCAGAUUGCCAGUGCGAUCCCGACUGUUUCAACUUUGGGGACUGCUGCUCCGACUUUGCGACGUUGUGCGCCACAACUCAGGCGCCCACCACCACCACAACAACGGAAGCCCCAGUGUCCACGGCUGCACCCGCAACGCUGACGGGUGCCACACCGCCCGCAACAACGACAACGGACAACACGGACGCCACCACCUGCGCUGUUCGAGGCUGCAGUGACAUCAACCUCAACCAGAACUGCCAAUGUGAUCCAAGUUGCUAUUCGUUUGGCGACUGCUGCGCUGACUUUGCUGCGGUGUGCGAAUCGUCCACCACCGCUCCUGCAUCCACGAUCGCCGCGACGACCACCUCCAGCGGAAGUGGAAGUGGAACCAUGACUAUGCAGCCCAGCACUACCACUACCACCACAACAACCACCACAACCACAACCACGACCACGACCACAACGACUAUCAUGACCACAACCACGACCACCACCACAACCACAACCACAACCACGACCACGACCACAACCACAACCACAACCACAACCACAACCACAACCACAACCACAACCACAACCACAACCACAACCACGACCACAACCACAACCACGACCACAACCACCAGCACUACGACCACGACCACGACAACUACCACAACCACCACUACUACGACGACCACCACGACAGCAACAACCGCUACUGCAUACAACGAUCUCGAAACAAGUGUUGUCCGAAUUAACUGCGGUGGCGGCUCGUUUGUCGACGAGCUUGGCCAAGUGUGGGCUGCAGACACUGGGUUCUCUGGCACGUCAUUUGUGUUCAGCGUGGACGAAGAGAUUACGGGCUUCAGGGCAGCGGGGCUGCAGGAGCUGUACAGGACCCAUCGCUACACGAAGAAACCGUUUGACCUCACGUAUCAGAUUGCCGUGCCGGCCGCUGGUGGCUACGAACUUACGCUGUACUUUGCGGAGACAUUUUACGACACUGCAGGCACCCGCUUGUUUGACGUUGUGGUGGACGGCACUGUAGUCGCAUCCGCGGUCUCGUCCCCCGAUGACGGGCAGGGCAGCAGCAGCAGCGAAGACCCUCGUGAUCUCGUUUAA